CGGUCGAACAGGGGAGGUGUGUCCCUAUUGGCCGGGCGGACAUUCCACCCGCCCAACUCCUCUUCGAAACAAAAUGGCGCCGCCGGGCGUUAAAGGCCUCGGUCUAGGCGCUUCCUGUUCUUGUAGGAAGUAAGCGAGAAGCUGCUCUUUGGUUGUUGGUUUUUUAAAGCUAAAGCCCUUAAAUCCUAAGGAAGAGCGGAAGAGGAAGUGGAGGAAGCCGAGAGGAAGAGGAAGAUAUAGAUAUCGCAAGGGAAGGGGUUGUGCGCGCGCAUCCUGGCUGGAGGCCUGCGGGGUUGCUAUGGCAACGGCCGUCAUCAAAGCGGAGUCCUGAGCCUGGGAUUCAGCUUCUCACUGUUAAUAUGCAGCAGUUUGAGCAAUGAGGAAAAGCCGUCCUCAGCGAGCAUCACCCAGAACAAGGCUGAUGUCUCCAUCUCGAACCCAGAGCCCAAUGUCUCCUGCGAGUUCAGCCAGUCGGUCCCCGUCUCCUUAUAGGAGACAAGAAACGCCUCCUAUUUAUUUAAAGCCGGAGCAGGGAUGUCAAGGGGAUGCAGCCGAAGACAGCGACUCAGUGAUUCCUUCUGAGCGUCUGGUUGGACAAGGUGACAACUAUGUUAGCCCAGGCACCCGAUACAUAACGGAGCCUCUUAUCAAGAAGCUGGCCAAACAAGAAAACCUGGGGCGCAUAACCUCUCUAAAUCUUUCUCUUGCAAAAGAUGGAGGAAAGAAGUUCAAGUACAUAGAAAAUCUGGAGAAGUGUGAUAAAUUAGAGGUCCUCAAUCUCAGCCACAAUCUGAUUGAGAAGAUUGAAAAACUGGACAAACUUUUAAAACUAUGUGACCUCAACAUGUCUUACAACAAAAUAAGUAAAAUAGAAGGCAUUGAGCACCUACACAAUCUGCAGAAACUGAAUCUUUCUGGGAACGAGAUUGAGCACAUCCCUGUGUGGAUGGGGAAAAAACUCAGGUCCCUGCGUAUCCUGAAUCUGAGAAAAAACAAAAUAUCAUCACUCCAUGAGGUAGCUAAAUUGAAGCCUCUAAAAGAUUUGACUUCUCUGUCCCUGGCAGACAAUCCUGUUGCAAAUCUGCCACAUUACCGUCUUUACACAAUUUUCCAUUUGAGGUCAUUGCAAGAUCUUGAGGGACACCCAGUGACAAACCAUGACAGGGAAGAGGCUCUUGAGAGGUUUAAUUUAGAAGAAAUAGAAAGUCUUGAAAAGGACUUGGAGAAAACCAUGAAAGAGGUGGAGGAUCUUAAAAAUAAACAGUCUGACUUGCUGGAACAGCUUCAGCACCAAGAUGAGCAAAACAGGUUAUUGAAACAAAAGCAUCUGCAACAGAAACAAAGCUGUAAAGACCUGGAGAAUGAGAUAGAGACAAAAAAUGAGCUGUUCUUUCUUCUGCUACCUCUUGGGACCUUGCUGCAUGCUCUCCCUCAGUUGAAACAGAAGACAGUGGAAUUAACUAGAGCCUGUCAAAAACAAUACGAGUUGGAACAAGAGCUUGCUUUCUAUAAGAUUGACGCCAAGUUUGAGCCAUUGGGUUAUUUGUAUCCAACCGAGGAUGUUGAACUGGAUGAUGCACCAGGUGAAAGUCCAUACAUUGGGAAAGCUAGGUACAAAAGAAACAUGUAUGCUGUGGAAGGUCAUAUCCCUAGCCAGGCUCAGAAAAUGCAAGUGGGAAACAUGGAACAGGAUCAACAACAAAAUGUUCAGCAGCUUAAACUGAAUCUUCUUCAGUCACUAGAUGUACAACUGGAAGAAAAACAGAGAAAGAUUAAAGGAGCGCAAGAAAAAUUGGUUGAGUUGCAGAGCGAAAUAGCAAAUGCAGAGCAGUAUGUUUUAAAAGCAACAGAGGAGCUUAAACAAGUCCAGGAUGCUGUAGCUCAGAAGAAGAUGUCAGAAGUAGAAAAGGACAGUUGCAGACAACAACUAAGCAGCAAGAUACUGCUUCUGAAUCAGCUACGUGAGGAAGCUCUGGAAUUAGAGAAACAGAUGGAAAGGCAGAGGCAAGAAAUGGCCAGAAGAGAGAGAGAGCUGGAAGACCUGCAUAGUUUUAUAGAGUCUCUGGAUCCUAAAGACCCAAGACAUGCUCACAUGAAGGCUCAGAAAGCAAGCAAGGAACAGCAACUUGACACAAUGAACAAGCAUUACAAACAGCUUGAAACUCGGCUGGACGAGAUGCUGUCUCGGAUUGCAAAGGAAACUGAGGAAAUCAGAGACUUGGAGCAACAGCUCACAGAUGGCCAAAUAGCAGCAAAUGAGGCACUGAAGAAAGACCUAGAAGCAAUUAUCACUGGGUUACAGGAAUACUUGGAGAGCGUUAAGGGUCAGGCCAAACAGACCAGUGAUGAAUGCAAGGAAUUGCGGAAAGAUAAGGAAGCUUUGCUGCAGAGGGUGGAAGAACUGGAGAAGGAAAGAAACCAGAUGGAAAUAGUUGCCAUGGAUGCGGAAAACCUGAGAAAAGACAUUGCAGACCUUGAACAUGCAAUCCAAGAGCAAAGAGAACUCAACAAAGCCCUGCAAGAGGCCCAAGGAAACCUUAAUGCUUAUGGGGCUGAACUGGAAGCUGAGUUGGAGGCGCGAGACACAGAAGCCGAUCGACAUAAGAAAGAGCUAGAAAGGCUGAAGCAGCUUAGUCAGCUGGAACACUCUGCUCUCCAAGCUGAACUCGGCAAAGAAAGACAAGCCUUGGAGAAUGCCUUGACCAAAGCACAGCUGUUGGAAGAGAAAGAACAGGAAAAUAAUAAGCUCAUUUCCCAACUCAAGCAGCUGCAGAGGGAUAAUAAUCUUUUGAAACAGAAGCUGAAAGAUGCUCAGAACCAACUGAACCACGCAGUUGAUAGCUUAAUCCAUCCUGAAGAAGUCUUGUCUCGUGUGAGUGAACUCAAAAGAAAGCUACAGACUGGUGCAGAAAUCAAGUGUCAUAACUCAAAGGAUAUUUUAGGAAAAAGUCUUGGAGAUCUGCAGAAACAGUUUGGUGAGAUGCUUGCUCAUUUACAGCAAGAAAAUGAGGCAUCACAGGCCAGAGAGAGCGAGCUUCAAAAGCAGAUGGUAUCUCAGCAAGCUAAGCUGGAAGAAGCACAGGAAAAAUACCGACUGGCCUGCAACAGAGCUGCUGAAGCCAAAAUUAAAUCUGAGAAAAGGCAGAAUGAGACCCGAGUUCGACAGCUAGAGAAUGAAAUCCAGCAUCUGAGUGAAAAGCUGAAGAGCAUGGAAGAAAUCCAGGGGCUCACAGAUCAACAGCUUCAAGAAGCUGAGGAGGAGAAAGAAAAAAUUCUUGCUCAACUGGAAGAGCUGGCAAACAGGAAAAAAGUUGAGGAUGCCAGGGCGCAAAUGCAAUUCCUUGGCAUUGAUAAAGAGCUGAAGGAGUUAAAGAGAGCAAUAUCAGCGUCAGAUAAACAGGCAACAGCAGAGCUCUGUGCAGCUAAAGAUCAGCUACGAUCGCUUCGUGGGACUGUAUCCAGAAUUAAUCAGGAGCGCACCGAGGAACUUCAGGAAGCAGAAAAAUUCUGUACGCAGGCUACUCAAGCUUCUCAGGAUCUUGCCAGGGCAGAAGCAGAAAUAGAACUGUUGCAAAAUCUUUUGAAAGAGAAGGAAGAGCAAUAUGACAUGAAAAAAGCUGUUGCUGAAACUACUGCUUCCUGUUCUCAGAAAGAGGAGAUUGAUCAGUUAAAUCAGCUUCUCAAAUGCCACAAAACAGAAAUAGACCGACUACGCAGUGCAUUAGAUCAGGCCAGGGCAGGUUCCAGAGACGAAAUUAGCAGCAUUUUGAAUGAAAUUGCAGUACUCAGGCAUGCCAUCUCUCACCAGAAUGAUACUAUUGCCAGCAUAAUGGAGCCGCUCAAACAGAGGGGACACUUGUUUUACAUGCCUUCAUCAUCACAAGCAUCUACUCCUGCAUCUCAGAGCACCAAAGACUCUGGUGUUGGUUUGCAAUGUCCCAUGUCAACCCCAAUCAGAAAAGAACUUGGAGAGAAUAAGCCAAGCAAAAAGGAGCGUUCAGCCUCCCCUGCUGCCAGAGAGUGUCAUUUGCACACGCCAGUCAGAAGUGGCCUACAGGAAUCUCUCUUCAAUGAAAGGAAACAAGAAGAAGGUGAGCUGAACAUUCACGAUGUCUCUUCCUUUGUACCACCUCCUGGAUCAGUCAUUUAUUCUCUUCUGCCAGAUGGUGCUCCGGCACCUUUGGGAACAGUUGUGUAUUGCCCACCGUCCCCAUCCAUACCAGCCAAUGGAGGAAUUCUUGCUCCAACUACAGUGGUACAUGGCCCGCCUCCUGCUGGGGCUCAUCUUGUUUAUUACUCUCCUGUUCCCACUAACUGUUCAGUGCCUCUUGUUCCUGUUGGAGUACUUCAUUGCAACAUCCCUGAACAUCACAACUUGGAAAAUGAAAUAUUAAGGCUUGAAGACAGUAUAGAUAAGUUGAAAUCUGAAAAGCAGAAAAGCAAGUCUACUAGAAUCUCUCAUCAUGAACAUAAUAGAGAGAUGGAAGAAUUGCACCAAGGCAUUCAAGACCUGUUGAGUGAAAGAGAAGAGCUGGAGCAUCAAGUAACAGAGCUGCGUAAAACAGCCCAGAAACGAAAUAAACGCAAAGACUUUCUUGAUGGGCACAUGAGUGGCUUCCUUUCAGAGCUGGAGCUAGAGAAAUCUCUACAGCACCAUGAGAACAUUGUGGAUGAAAUCAAAUGCAUGGAAAAAACCCUCUUGAAGCGACGGGCAGAACUCCGGGAGGCAGACAGACUUCUGGCUGAAGCAGAAAUUGAACUUGAAAAUACACGAGGAAAAACCAAAGACACCAUCCAGAAGUAUAACGGUGCUAAACAGCAUUUGUCUCGAACUGAGAAAGAAGCCGAGGAGCUGGAACGACGGGCUCAAGAGAUGGCUGUGAGGCUUGUAAAAGCAGAUCAGCAGCUAAGGUUGCUUCAGGCAGACGCAAAGGACUUAGAACAACACAAGAUGGAACAAGAAGGGGUUUUGAAGGAAAUCAAUAAAGUCGUAUCAGCAAAGGAUUCUGAAUUUCAGUCCUUGAGCCAGAAGAUUGAAAUCUUGACCGAAAUCCUUCAGAAGCUUCAGGCAAAUAUACAAGUUGCUGAAGGCAAUGAAGACCACCAUCUCCACAUCCUUAAAGAAGCAGAGCAUAUCCUUCAGAGCAAAAAGAGUGAUUUAGAGAGGCUGAAGGAUGAGACUGCAGCGCAACAGCAGGAGCUCCAACUUUUGAACCAAAUGCUUGGUCAAAAAGAGGAAGAGCUACAUCUUCUCCAAGAUAGCAUCAUCCAGAAAAAUAGUGACCUUGCUGAAGCUCUCAGGGAUGGUGAAGCUGAAGUGGCCAGAAAACAACGACAAAUAAAGGAAGUGAAGUCAUUUCUAGAAGACCUGAGUGUUCAGAAAGGAGAACUCAGUGCCCAACUAAGUGAGAAAAGAGCCCAGCUGUCUCUCAUAAUGCAAGAAAUCCAAAAAGAGGAGGAGAAACUCCAGGACGUCCUGCAGCUGAUCAUGAAGCAUAAGACAGAACUGAAGCAUGUUCUGGAAAGAUUACAGCUAAAGAACAGUGAGCUGAAAGACCUGGAACUCCAGCAUAGCCAAAAAGUUAGCGAAUUGGAAAAAAUGCAGAUUGCAGUCCUGGAGGAGCAGCUGGAAUUAGAGAAUAUCCAGCAAGCAUCCCAGCAGCAGCGAGGGGAAGCAGAAUGCCAGAGGCGGCUUCUGGAGAAGACUCACCAAGAAGUGGAGCAACUGAAUUCUCAGCUCCGCAAUCUUCAGAAAAGCAUCAGGGCCCUGAGCAAUGAGAAACAGCAGCUAGAAGAAAACUGUGAGCGUUUGGAGGAGAAACUCUCCCAAACCAAAAGAAGCUUGGCUUCUGCUGAAGACAGAAAUAAAGCUACCCUUGCUAGCAAAGAAAAAAUGAACUUGGAUGCCCAGAAAUUGCAGUUUGAUAUUGACCAGCUGGAAAAACAUAAAGUAUCUUUGAAUGGAGACAUUGGAGACCUACAAAAGCAUCUUCAUGAAAGAAAGGAGGAGCUGAAUAUAUUGAGGACUGAACUGAGUGAUUCCAGGCAUCGUCUUCAGCUGCUAGAAGAGGAUGUGAAAAAUGCCGCAAAGCAGAAAGAGGAACUGCUUCAAGAACAGACAGCCCUGAAAAGCAGCAUUGGAGUAUAUACACAGGAAUGCAAGAAAUGCCAAGAAGCACAAAGGAAGAUGGAAAUCCAGCUGCAAAAAGUUUGCAGGGAAAUAGAAGGGCAAGAGUUGGAGCGGGCGAAACAAGAGAAGAUCCUUCAGCACCUCAGGGAAGACACACGGCUUGAAGAAAAGAAGCUGGAUGAGUGUACAGCUAAACUGAAGGAUCAGAAGCAGCAGUUGAGACAAGAGCUGGCCGAACAGCAGCGCCAACUGGAGCAAGUGACUGCCAAAGUUCAAGAGGCAGAAGGGCGAAUCCGAAAGCUUCAGGAAGAGGAAUCCUGGCAGUUGACACUUGAAGAAUCCAUCAAGAAAACUCGUCACCAGCUCUCUGAAAAAGAACUGAAGUUGCAAGAAAAAGCAGAUGAGGUUUUGUCCCUCCAACGGAGGCUCGACCUCUCAAAGGCCGAGGAGAAUGUACUUCAUAGCAAGAUCCAAGCAGAGAGGACAAAGGCCGAAAAGCAAAUAGCAAGCCUGAAGGAAACUAUCAAGACUCAGAGGGCACAGUUUGAAACAUCUCUUCAUGAACAGAAACUGGAGAACCAUUUGUUGCAGAAGGAAAUGGCCUCAUUGGAGAAAGUAGCACAAGACAACCACCAGCGAGCAAAGCAGUUGAUGAGGGACCUUUGCCAGAUCGAAGAGGAAUAUGUGCAGCUGAAGUCACAGAUGAAGAAUCAAGAGGAUCUGGAGAAACGUCAGAAGGAGGUGAUAGGCACAGUGAAGAUGCUGAAACUGGAGGUGAAAGACAAAAUGAGGACCGGUCUGAAAGAUCUGAGUCAGUCUCCUCCAGGUCCAGACACUCAUUGUGAAGCAAAUGGAAGACUACAGAGUGACAUGGAAAGUCUGAAGGAAAACUAUCCCUUCACAGACAGCGAGACAAGAAUGCGCUGCUUUGAUGAAAAGCUGGAUCUAGCCAAAGUCCACAUCACGGAUGAACAGUGGCGUGGCAAAGCGCGCCGAGAAAAACUUCAGCACCAUGAAGAUCGGCUCAAGGCUCGGCUUCGGCAAUGCAUGUCAAAGCAAGCGGAAGUGUUGAUUAAAGGAAAACAGCAGACGGAAGGCACCCUCCACAGCCUGAAGAGGCAAGUCGAUGCAUUGGACGAACUGGUUAGCAGCACUUCCACAGAUUCGCUGUUUCUGUCCUUGAACUCCUCCGGGUUGACAGACUCUUUGCAGGAAGAGCUGAAUCUUAUAAGGAACCAGAAAAGCAGUGACAUACGCAACUAAUGUUGGUGGGACCAGUGCCAAUAAUAUGGGUUCACAAGUAUGUGAAGAUGACUACCUCAUUUGCUUCUAAGUCCUGGUCAACAACAGUCCUUGGGACUUUUCAGCUAUGAGCUCAGGUUUUAUUCCCUCCAUGUAUUUAGUUGAAUGUUCUGUUUUUGGGAACGGUGACAUCUGUACUGGUGUGUACAAUUUAUUUGAAGCACUGAAAAUUACAGCCAUGAACAUAUCUGUGUACAUUUCAUAAAAGAAGCAUGAGUUUAUUUAUAUAGGGGUAAGCAUGUUUAAGGUUUGCAUAAAUGCUAAAAGAAAAGUUUUUCUAUUGGAUAAAAUAUUUUCUUAAUAAAAUGUGACAAAUUACA